AUGGCUGUACAUUCCAAGAACAAAGCCUUGAUGUGCAAGGUUUUUCCGUCCAAUUUGGGGCCUGUGGCGAUGAGGUGGUUUAAUGGUCUGAAGGCAGAUUCCAUUAGUUCCUUUAAGGAACUCACCCAAACAUUUGGGUUCCGUUUUAUUACGUGCAGCAGAGCUCCUCGUCCUUUGGCUUCUUUGCUAUCUCUGUCCAUGAGAGAGGAAAAAACUCUGAAAACAUACUCGGACCGAUAUUGGGAGAUGUUCAACGAGAUAGGGGGCGAUUUUAAGGACGUGGCCAUCAGUACUUUCAAGCUCGGCCUGCCUGCAGAGCAUGACUUAAGGAAGUCUUUGACGGGGAAACCCGUCACCAGUAUACGUCAACUCAUGGAUUGGAUUGACAAGUAUAAGAGGGUUGAGGAAGACCAACUGCAAGAUAAGGGGAAAGGCAAGGUUAUCCUUUAA